UUCUGCCAGACAGAUACAAGCUGAGACCAAAAAAAUUGUGACAGUCAUCACCAUCAUCAUGAAGGUUUGGAUUGUGUGUGUGCUGCUGUGUGCUGCCUUUACACUGAGGACUGCCACAGCUGCAGCCACUGAGACUGGAACUGAGCAAGAACAGGAACUUCCAGAGGAAACUACUGAACUGGCUGUAGAGGAGUUGGUUGAUGCAGUUGAGGAUAAAGAGGAAGCUCUCAAAGCAGAUGCUGCUGAAGUUAAGUCAGGCUUCUGUCCGCAUGGAUGGAUUAAAUAUAAUUCACGUUGCUUUCGACUCAUGAGGUCAAGUCUGUCCUGGCUUAAUGCUGAGGCACAGUGUGUAGCUGAACAGUCACGACUGGCAUCUGUACGCAAUAUUGGGGAACAUAAAUUCCUGCAGAAUUUGCUGGAAAUGGCUGGUCUAUCAUACGCUUGGAUUGGUGCUUACAACUUCCAGGGAUCAUGGCUGUGGGCUGACACAGCUCGGUUCUACUACAGUAACUGGUACUCACAAAGCAGUGUGUCCAGCUACCCAUGUGCUGGCAUGAGGAACAAUGUUGGCUGGUCUAACACUAACUGUAGAAGUGGAUAUCCAUACAUCUGUGCUAUUGACCUAAAUACAUGUUACAGGACAUAGAUGAGUAAUUGUCCAACAUUUUGAUGCUGAUAUGAUUGAGUAAAAUAAAGUGUCAUUUGUUUUGAGAACAUUUUGGUUAAUGAACACUGUCAGUUAAUUAAAAGUACAUAAAAAAAAUCUAGUAAAGAAUGAUUCUACAGGCAAUUCUCAUUUAUUGUAUAUUGCAAAGAGCUCUUAAUGAUUCUUGUAUUUCCAAAGAAGGAAACAUAUUUAGAAUAAAUGAACAGACAUUUAGCCUGAACCAGUUAGGAAGGAAAUUGAGCAAAGCUGGAAAUGCUAAUAAUUUCAAAUAAUUUCAGUGUUUAUUUUCUAUAUUGUACAUACUCACAACCUGAUUACUGUCAGCACUGCACCAGCUUGAGAUUUACUAAACUUGUAAAGAGUUAACAGAACACAUGAUCUCAAUAAAGAGUA